CCCGAACUAGGUGAUUGAAUUUCCACCAGUUAUUUAGACGCUAUAACAGCUGCCUAGAUCUUCGUAAUUCUGUACCACCCUUGUUGUGGACCUUUGGCACCCUAAACAUAGUUUGGCUUCGGUGGGAUACUUGAACACGACGAUGGUCGCGCGGGGCGGUUGUACACCAAAGUGGUGCUAGACUUCUCACUAUGAUUUCGCUCCAGGAUUUGACAGUUGGCCAGGUGUCUGGUAUGAUUGCAGCGGCUGUAUUCGUUGUUCAAUUUCUCGUCCCGAUAGCACUACCCGUCAUCCUACUCGGCUUGCUCCGACCACGGUCGGCCGCUGUCACGGAGUCCGCUGUAUCUUGGUCUGUAAUCGGUCGAUAUCUGCACAGCUCGUUAUGGCCUAUUAUCCUCCGAACCGACUCGGCGGCGACUUUCUCAGCCUGCAAGUCGGCUCUGUUCAUGUCGUUCUUCAAGACAUUCAUGUUAGUCUUGAUUGCAAUCGCAGCAAUCGUAACACCUCUCGGUCUAUACGAAGGCAUCGUGGCCGAACCAGUUUCAGAAGCAUCCGCCUUCCACUACAUUAAAGACACUUCAGCCAUGGGCUACGGUACUCCUCCGCGAGAUACAAACAACACGUGGAGCAGAUUGUGCGGCGCUUUCCUUCUAGUGCCUUGCCCCAAUGACGAUAAUAAAGCGACGGUGAUUGACAACAAGUCGAUGGUCUCUGUCGAUUACAGAGACGAAUGGUACAGUUCCAAGGUCCCACAAAAGGUCAUUGAUGUCUUCCAAAGCGGCGCCUCCGGCUUCGCUGAAUCCAUGUCGAGCUUGUUUGACAUCCAAUACCGAAGUUACAUCAAAUCAGUCAUCGAUGAUAACAAAAAGGGCCCCCUGAUCGAUAACGGGACGGCGCGGACCAUUGGUAACUACCAACCCCUGUCUAGUAUUCUGUUGAACGACGCCAUCAUGCCAGUGGAAGGCCUGAUUGUCGACAUGAAGAAUGGGGGGAUAGGAUUCCGGAACCACAGUGCGCCGGUGUUGAAACAGUAUGGAAGUACGUGGAGCGAGGAUCUUCUUUUCAUUGUACCGGAUACUGUAUGUGUUGAUACGAACCUGACUCUGGAUUUCCUUAUUCCAAGGACCGGGUCUGAAGGUCUCCUAGCACGAAACGGUAUACUCAAGCCGUCAAUUACCGAUCGAGGUGGCUUUAUUGAUCUCAACAAGACUUAUCCGAGAUGGCAGAUUGAUGAUUUCCAGGAGAACCCAAACUUGUGGUACCGCGCCUACCGCGCAGCCUGGCUUAGGAAUGCGUACUCGAUGGCAUACAUGAACGUCACCAAUCUUUCGAAUGAAACCACGGGCGUCAAAGCUUUUGCUUACCUCAACUCCGAGAUGAAUAAGACGUUCCCUCUAUAUUAUCCAAACAAUGAGACGACAUCCGGUUGGCUUGCCAUCGACCCUCAAUCAUUGACCGUUUCGACGUCCUUUGGCCAGUACCUUGAAGGGACAAAAGGCUUGUCGAACAAGUCUACCGUUGGGAAUCAGACUACGGAGUACAAGUUCGACACCAAGAUUCCGAUCUACCCCAAUCCGUUCAAUAUCAAUAUUACACAGUGGUCUUCCAUUGAUACGCUAUGCAGAGGCCAAGGAGGAGGUGAUUUAGCAAACAUCACUCAUAUCGUGGCCAAAUGCGGUGUUCUAAAUGGCGCACCCCGCCGUAAGGAUGGCAGCGCAUCCCUUAUGUUUGACCCAGGCUCUGCAUGGUCGAUGUCGAUGUAUACAUGCAUGUCCACCGCAAAGGCAACUAUCAAGACCGUGAAAUUCCGCUUCAACGGCACAAAUGACGAUAUGACUGGCCUUGAAGUCCUCUCCCUUGUCGACAAGACAUAUCCUAACAAAGAGUCUCAGCCUCUUUGGGGUGUUGAAAACACAGAAAUGUAUUUGAAGGAUGGCGGCCCGCUAUGGGGUCUGGUGUCUGAAGAGAAGGCCAAAACCCUGAAUUUAUCCACAGUGAGGAAGGAGAGCCUGUAUCUCCCUGGACGAGACUCGUCUAUGGGCUGGCAGAACCUCCCCGGUGCCGACUUCGCUUCGAUUGCUCUAGGCAUGGCGUACAAAACCGGCAUGAGCACAAAAGGUGUCGACUACUCCGGACAGUCCAAUCUUGCCAUGUUUAAGAAAUGGCAGGAGCUCUCCAGAACCCCCGCUUCAUCGGCCAAGAUUCUGAAUCUAGUCUGGACAGAUCUUGCAGCAAACAUGGUUGUUGGCACCAAGAGUCUUGCGCCCGGUCAGGAUUCUAAGCGCAAGCGCGACGAUGUAACGAAUGAAUCUUCCAAGACCCCACCAGUCACCAGCUAUACGAGGAGAGUCAAGUAUCACUACGCCUACGGCAUCCCCGCAUUUCUGGCUCUCGUGCUCACUGUCGGUGCUUUCACAACAACGCUCUUCUUUGUGUUCUUCUCCGGUGCUAAGCCCUCUACUAUGCGCACUUUCUUACAACACACGUCAGCUGGGCGCUUCCUUACAUCGCAAUCGGGCAUCUCUGGACAUGCUCAGCCGCAGACUGUUUAUGAAGGUAACGCUCUUCCCAGCGAUGGCGGAUACUCAGAUACCCCAACGAAUAUCUGGGUCAAGGGUGCCGGAAAGCGACGCUUUACAUUGGGCGCCGAGGGCUGGACGAGGAUUGUGCAAGAGGUUCCUGGCUAUGAGGCAAAGGGUGGAUCAACGGUGGCCUAUGCACCUAUCCCAAAUCCUACUAGAUAUUGAAAACUUCGUCUGAGUAGGUGGUGGAAGUGCGCAUGUAUCGUUGAUGAGGGAGGCAGGAGAGGAAACUUUGUCUAGCCUUCUAUACCUUCAAGCUCGGCAUUGCACCAGCCCCCGAACGUUCACCCUAUUCAUUGCAACUUUUGUAAGUAGUAUAAUCACUACUCUCGAAUUCUAGCAGUCUAGUUUCUUAGACAGCUGAUCACUGUCAAACUCUAGG